GCAUUCCUGAGCUGCAUUCGAAUUGCGGCGACGAUAUAUGUUGUUGUUAGACAACAGCUUUAUCGAUGGAACUUACAUUGAUCUCGAUCUCGAUUGGCGACUUACAAACAGAACCUUGAUGCACAUAUAAAGGGGAUGAGGGACGAAGUGGGCCUCUCCCCACCCUCCUCUUCUUCCGACCCCGCCUCCGCCCAGUCUUCUACUGCAACUACUGCGAUACCUUACGAUGCACUUCAACCUCUUUGCCCUCUCCGCUCUCGUGCUCUCGGCCGUUCUCGUCUGUCAGGCCGAGGCUGCCAAGUCGACUGUCCACAUCAACAACAAGGAUGACUACUGCCUGAUCCUUCCGGCAAAGCGCCAGACCGUGGGCGCUUCCGAGGACGGCACGUCCAAUGGUGCCAAGGCCUUCUGCACCCGCCCAACGGGCAACCAGGGAAGCAUUCCCGCCAGCUUCUUCAAAUCGGCCCACAUCAAGACGACGAGCAGCUACAAGCAAAUCACGGGCUGCAUCGACCCCAGCAAGGCAAAGACUGUCAUCCCCAGCGAUGGAGGUGGACAGUACGACUCCAACGGCGGCGACGGCGGACACGGUAACCCGCCUGGAAGCGCCUGCGCCGGAUACAAGUCGUACGUCCAGCUCCUCGAGCCCGCGGCAAACCGUGCGUGCCUGAGGUGCUGCAACAACGCCAGAGACUGCGACCUUUCCCACGACACUAGCGGCUGCCCGACGGUCAUUCCUAAUGGCAACUAUAACGGCUGCUCCAACUAGAGCGGCAGACGCUCUCUCACCAUUAUUUCCCCUCUUUUCUCGAUGUGAUCUCCUUCACCAGGAACCUUUCUCCCCUAUAACAAUACCCUGCAUCUUUACCUAGGAGAAUCAAGUAUCA